AUGGACACCUGGAUCUUCCCGUCGCCACCGCCCAACCUGUCGGAGCCUCUCAUGUACGAGGGCUUUGCGCAGGUCAACGAGUCGGACGUCGACGGGAACUACACGGACCACAGCUUCAACGGGACCAGCACGGUGGUCAUCACCUGCAUGUACUUCCUGGUGUGCACCGUGGGGCUCUGCGGGAACGCCCUGGUCAUCUACGUCAUCCUGCGCUACGCCAAGAUGAAGACGGUCACCAACAUCUACAUCCUCAACCUGGCGGUGGCCGACGUCCUCUUCAUGCUGGGCCUGCCGUUCAUCGCCAUCCAGUUGGCGUUGGUCCACUGGCCGUUCGGCCCCGUGCUCUGCCGCGUGGUGAUAACCAUCGACUCCCUGAACCAGUUCACCUCCAUCUUCUGCCUGAUGGUCAUGAGCAUCGACCGCUACCUGGCCGUGGUGCACCCCAUCAGGUCGACCAAGUGGCGCAAGCCGCGCAUGGCCAAGACCAUCAACCUGGCGGUCUGGGGGGUGUCGCUGCUGGUGAACCUGCCCAUCGUCAUCUACAGCGGGCUGAUCACCAAGCACGACGGCUGCUUCUGCACCAUCGUGUGGCCCGAGCCCCAGGAGGCUUACUACACGGCCUUCAUGUUUUACACCUUCUUCUUGGGCUUCUGCCUGCCCCUCAUGGUCAUCUGCCUCUGCUACCUGCUGAUCAUUUUCAAGGUCAAGUCGUCGGGCAUCCGCGUGGGCUCCACCAAGAGGAAGCGCUCGGAGAGGAAGGUGACCCGGAUGGUGUCCAUCGUGGUGGCCGUGUUCGUCUUCUGCUGGCUCCCUUUCUACGUCUUCAACGUCACUUCCGUCACCGGCACCAUCAGCACCACGCCCGUCCUGAGGAGCACCUUCGCGUUUGUGGUGGUGCUCGGCUACGCCAACAGCUGCGCCAACCCCAUUCUGUAUGCCUUCCUGUCGGAGAACUUCAAGAAGAGCUUCCAGAAUGUCCUGUGUUUGAAGAAAGUGGGCGGGCUGGACGAAACUGAGCGCAGCGACAGCCGGCAGGACAAGUCUCGCAUGAUGAACGACCCCACCGAGACCCAAAGUACUCUGCUCAACGGGGACCUGCAGACCAGCAUCUAAGAGCGGAAAGGACGG